AUGCUGGACCUGGUUCUCAGCAACCAACUGUGUCUGUGGAUCAAGUACUUUCUCAGUGAUCGUUCACAGAGUGCGAGACUGGGCACUCGCAUUGCUACGCCCUUGACCCUCAGCACUGGAGCACCACAGGGAUGUGUGCUGAGUCCCCCUCUCUACUCCCUCUACACAUAUGACUGCACACCAGUUCAUCCCACAAAUACAAUAAUUACAAUUGCAGACAAUACAACAGUGGUGGGGCUUAUCUCAAAUGGCAAUGAGACUGCCUACAGAGAUGAAGUGUGCAGACUGUCUGUCUGGGUUGUGUGUGAGCUGCAGCCCAGUUGGGAGCGGAGGGAGGGGCCUGUCCUGGUUACUGUGGGAACAACUCCACCUGGGAGGUCGGCACAGAUCUUCACCUAUCAGGACCCUCAGCUCCUGGAUCUGGUUCCUGAGAAAGGUCCAGUCUCUGGAGGAACUAGACUGACCAUCAGGGGACGACACUUGCUAACCGGGCAACCGUCCGACCUGAGCGCCUUCCUGGGCCCCCAGCCCUGCUACACUGUGGAGGAGGUCAAUGACACCCAGUUGGUGUGUCAGACUGGUUCUAGUAAUCAGACUGGGAGAGUACCAGUUCGGAUUUUGUUUGGUAAAGCAGAGCGGACUGUUCCCAGUGUUGCCUUCCAUUACCUCGAUGACCCCAUCAUCACCGACGUCACACCUGCUGAGAGCUUCUAUGCUGGUGGGCGUGUCAUCACGGUUACAGGCAGGAACUUGGAUGUGGUGCAGCAGCCAAUCAUAUCAGUGUGGGUGGAGCCAAUUGAACUUCAGAGAGUGAAACGGCGCAGACGAUUGGCUCUCCUCACUGCCAAGCAGCAGCUGGUCUUCAACAGCACUAUGACUACGAUGUCAGAGCGCUGCGCUGGCCUGUCAUCCUCUCAAAUGACCUGUCCGACCCCCACAGUGUCCCCAGAGGUCAAAGUGAAGGGCGUAUGGUUUCAGCUGGACAACGUCAGAGUCCACUAUGAGAGCAUCAAGGGUAAAAGCUUUACUUAUUAUCCAAAUCCGGAGCUUUUUCCUCUGAACCGGGAAGCUCCGGAUGCUCCGUACCGUUUCAAACCUGGAGGAGUGAUCGCUGUGGAGGGGCAGGACCUGACCAGAGCGAUGUCCAGACAUGAAGUGACAGCUCAGCUCGGUGAUCAGAAGUGUGAGGUGAAAACUCUGGACAAUACUCACCUGUAUUGUGAACCUCCAGAGAUCCAACCGAGGAGUGUGGACGACAGCAACGAGCUGCCCAGCCUCAAGGUGUUCAUGGGAAACCUGCAGGUGGACCUGGGAUUGGUUCAGUAUGACAGUAACUCUCUGCUAUCUCCUGUCCCAUUGGCUGCCCAGAUUGGCUUGGGGGCAGGAGCAGCUAUCAUCAUCCUAUCAGUGCUGGUUGUCAUCCUCAUGUACAGGAGGAAGAGUAAACAGGCUCUCAGAGAUUAUAAGAAGGUGUUGCUGCAACUGGAAACACUGGAGAUCAACGUGGGAGAUCAGUGUCGCAAAGAGUUCACUGACCUGAUGACAGAGAUGAUGGACCUGAGCAGUGAUGUUGGAGGACCAGGACUCCCCCUGCUGGACUACAGGACAUACGCAGAGAGAGUCUUCUUUCCCGGCCAGCAGAUGUUACCGCUGAGCCGCCAGUUGGACCUGCCAGAGUCCAGGAGGCUGACUGUGGAGCAGGGUCUCCAGCAGCUCAAUAACCUGCUCAACAACAGACUCUUCCUCACCAGAUUCAUCCACACUCUGGAGGCCCAGCAGGGUUUUUCUCAGAGAGACCGAGGUUAUGUUGCCAGUUUACUCACCAUGGCUCUGCAUGAUAAACUGGAGUAUUUCACCGAGGUCAUGAAGAGUCUGCUGCAGGACCUGGUGCAGCAGUAUGUUGCCAAGAACCCCAAACUCAUGCUACGCCGGACGGAGACAGUUGUAGAGAAGAUGCUAACCAACUGGAUGUCAAUCUGCCUUUACUCUUUCCUCAAAGAGGUGGCGGGGGAGCCUCUCUACAUGCUAUACAGAGCCAUAAAGUAUCAGGUGGAUAAAGGGCCAGUUGAUGCAGUGACAGGAAAAGCCAAACGAACGCUGAAUGACAGUCACUUGCUGCGAGAGGAUAUUGACUACAAUGCUAUGACUCUGAUGGUGUUGGUAAAGAACGGAGUCGAGGUUCAGCCAUGUCCUGUUAAAGUGCUCGAUAUUGACACUGUCACACAGGUGAAGGAUAAAAUCCUGGAUCAGGUCUACAGAGGAGCUCCAUUUUCUCAAAGACCAGCAGCCGACAGUUUGGAUCUGGAGUGGCGUUCAGGUCAGGCAGGUCACCUGACCCUGUCUGAUGAUGAUGUCACAGCAGUGGUUCAGGGUCGCUGGAAACAAAUCAACACGCUGCAACAUUACAAGGUUCCAGAUGGAGCGACUGUUGCUCUGAUUCCUCGUUCUCAGAGUUCAGGUGGUGUUGGAGUUAACCAAGUUUUCCAGACAGGAGAGAAAACACCAAUGCUGGAGGGUGAGGAGGAGGAGGGUCUGCGCCUGUGGCACUUAGUGAAGAGCAGCGAAGAUCCUGAAAUCCCAAAGCACAGAAAAAGCAGCAUGAGAGAGCGAGAGAGGGCCAAGGCCAUACCUGAGAUUUAUCUGACCAGACUGCUGUCCAUGAAGGGGACAUUGCAGAAGUUUGUUGAUGACGUCUUUGUGGCGAUUCUCAGUACAAAGCGUCCUCCUCCAAUAGCUGUCAGAUUCUUCUUCGACUUCCUGGAUGACAUGGCUGAGAAACAUGCCAUUGAUGACCCUGAGACUGUUCACAUCUGGAAGACCAACAGUCUCCCUCUCAGGUUCUGGGUGAACAUCCUGAAGAACCCUCAGUUUGUUUUGGAUGUUCAGGUGACCGACAGCAUUGACGCCAUCCUGUCUGUCAUUGCUCAAACCUUUAUUGACUCCUGCACCACCUCUGAGCACAAAGUUGGGCGGGACUCUCCUGUGAACAAGCUGCUGUAUGCUAGAGAGAUUCCCCGGUACAAGCAGCUGGUGGAGAGGUACUACAGUGAUAUCCACAGCGCUGCUUCAGGCUGUUAUCAGGAGAUGAACUCCACUCUGACUGAACUGUCCGGGAGUUUUGCCUCAGGCAUGAACAGUCUUGUUGCUCUCCAUGAGCUCUACAAGUACAUCAACAAAUAUUAUGAUCAGAUCAUUAUGUCUCUGGAGGAGGACAGUUCAGGUCAGAAGAUGCAGUUGGCCUAUCGGCUGCAGCAGGUUGCUGCCCUGGUGGAGAACAAGGUCACUGACCUCUAAUCCCAUCAAACGCUCACAGAAUCCAGUGACCUUUGACCUGUGACCCCUGAAGACAAUCGGAGCCCCACAGAGGAGGAGGGAGAUGAAGAUGGAACUUUUGAAGUGGCUCUGAGACUAAAACUUUGGAAAUCAUUGGACUCCUGUCAGCACAGUGUCUUCCUGUUGUGUGCAUGUGUGUGUGUGUGUAUGUGUGUUGUGGGUAUAUGAGGUUUUGAUAGUCAGACUCAGGAGAUCACAGUUCUUUAGAUCCAUUCACUUUUUAAUACAUUUUUAUUUUAAAUGACAUUUAAACUUAAAUUUAAAGGCUGGUUCUUUUCUAUAUUAAUAGUAUGUUCAGCAGUCUCCAUGCAUCGACUGAAGCUGUCAGUCCUAGAUGAGUUUAUUCAUCUGUGCCAUAGACCUCCGUUGUUCAAAAAUGAUUAGAUAAGAUAAUCCUUUAUUGUCAUUGUAACACAUCCAACAAAAUUUUAAAGUGACCUCCAGUUGGCACAGCAGCAACAAAACAUAUGAAUAUAACCAUCUAAAAACCUUAAAAACAUAACCCCUAAAAACACAAAAUA